AUGAGUUUAGAAAAGACUUGUAUUAUUAUUUUUGAUGAAAAAGAGGAAAUUCCUUUACAAAUAGAAAUUGAUGAUACGAAUACUAAAUAAUAUUUAAUUUAACCAUUAACAAUAGACAAAGUUGAUCUCACUAGAAUCAUUUCUAAACAUCAACAAAUUCAACUUUAGAAAAAAAUAGACUUAAUGAAAAAACUUUUAGAAUUAAACGAAUAAAAACUUGAAUAAACAAUGAAGAUUACUUAAAAUAUUGGAAAUUUUCUACCAGAUUUUGUUUUUGGUCCUAAGUAACUUUAAAUAAAUGAAGGGUAAUAUGAAUUUUACAAAAAUUUUUGUAAUGAAAAAAAGGAAUUGUAAGAGAAAUAUAUUAGCAAAAAAUAGAUAAAUUCAGAUAAUCAAGGAUCAAAUGUGUCAAUAUUAAUAUAUUCAGGAGAAAGCUAUUAGGAUUUAACUAAAUAAAUAAAUUAUUAUAAUAAAGUAGACAUAAAAAUAAAUCCAAUUAUAUUGAUAAAUGGUAAAACAGCAUUUAAGUAGUUAAUGAAAUCAAAGUAGGAAUUAUUUUUAGAUUUUUAUUAAAACUAAUAUCAUGCAUUUCAUUAAAAAUUUAUGACAUCGAAUUACCAUAGUUUAUAUUUCCAGAUAGAAGGAUAAAAUGGAUAUUAUUUUGUUUUUCCUUAAGAAUUAAAUAAGUUGGAUUUAAUUAAAUGGAUUUAUUAAGGAAUUCUAAAAUUUAUAUAGCCAAAAUUUGCUGAGAUUAAAUCUAGUAAUUAAACAUAUCUUGAUAAUUUAAAUAUAUUAUAACUUUUUGAAAUUUUGGAGAAUGAGGAUAUGUAUUUUGGAAUUUAAUGUUUAAAGAAAAUUAUAUAUGAUGGAAGUUUAUAAUAUAAUUUUCUUGGAGAUUUUACAGAUAUUGCUCUUAAUCUAGAUAAUAUGUAUAAAAUCAAAUAAUUUCAUGAUCCACUCUCUUGUAUUUAUAAGUGGGAAAAAAUAGAAAAUUUUGUAGAUAAUUAUAUUAAUAGGCUUAUGAAAGAACAGUUCUCUAAUACAUGGGUAGUUGGAUAUAAUUCUAUUUUACCUAAACUUAUGUUUGAAGAUUCUAAUAAAGAAUUAAAGAUUAUCACAAAAUACAUUAGUGAAUAAUAAUUCAAAUAGAAUUAAUUUGAAACAGUAUUUAAUUAAUUUUGUGAAAUCAAUUAAAACAUCAACCAUUAAUUGAGAAAAUGCAGAUUUAGUUUGUCUGGAAAUGUAUUCUAAUGGUUCAUAUCAAAAGUCUUAUUUCUUAACAAUUAUUUUGCAAUUUCAGUUUGUAAAUCAAUUUUCUUAAUUUAAUUUUAGGUUUCUUUUUCUCAUUUUAAUGUCCUUACUAAGUUAUCUAUAACUUUUUUGGUUAAUCUGUUGGAUAUACAGCAAUAGCUGUUCUUCUACCCAUUAUGUAUGCUGUUAAUGUCAUCCUUUUUCUUUUAUUAACUUAAUUAUAUCAUUUUAAAGAUAAAAUAAUUCAAAAAAAUUAAAAUUAAGAAAUUGCAAUAAUGGGAUAAAAGAAUAACAACUAAUAAUGUUUUGAUUUUAAGAUUUCAGUAGAUUCUGAAAAUGUUGAUGUGUUAUAUACACAAAACCAAGCUCAACGAUAUUAAAUUAAUGUUGAAGUUUAAGAAGAUGAAUAUUUUAAAAAUGCCACAUAUUCUAUGAAUAAGGAAUUAUUAACUUAGAGUGAAUUGUAUUUUUUAUAUCAAUUCCCUUAGUUAAAAUACAUAAGUUUUUAUGUUAACAUUUUAAUUGAAAUUUAAAAUUAUUUAGAUUUUGGAAUUUUCGUCUUUAUUUUUAUUAAUAUAAUCUUUAUACAUGGUGAAAUACUACUUAAUUAAUAAACUGAAUUUCAAAUAAUAUUGAUAAUAUUGGCAUUCUUAGUAUUAUUAUACCAUUUAAUUAUGAGAAGAUUAGGAAUAUUUUAGAGUAUUUUUAAAUUUUCAUUGUUAUCAUAUUUUUGGCAAUUUCUUUAAUUACCUAAACAUUCUAAUUCAGUUAUUUAGAAAAUUAAUUAAAAAAAAAAGCUUGGAACACAACUAUCUAUUAAUUUUAUUCUAUUUUAUACUUUUAUAUCAAUUGAGUCAUAUUAUAAUUAUUCUGGCUAUAUAUUGAUUGGAAUUUUAGGAUAUUUGUCGAGUAUAUAUUUAAUUUUAGGUUUUUUUUCAAUUAUUUCAAAAUGCUGUUUUACUUGUAACAUUCCACCAAAAGGUGAAACUUUCGAAGCGAUAUUAGAAUGUGAAUUAAAAUUUGAAAAUGAUAUAUAAAAUACCCUUAUUGAUAAAACACGAAACCUUGUUGCUCGUACAAAUAAGGUCAAAAAUACUAAGUAAGAUUAAAUGCAGUUUACUUAAUUUAUAAAAAAUCAUACAGAUAUAACCAAUUUAACAGAUACUAUAAAGAUUAAAAUUUAAGAAAAUCUUCAUUCAUAAAAUCUAAAUAAGGAUGACAUAGAUUUAAUUAGUAAUAAAAUAAAUGAAGCAGUAAAAAAAUAUUUUGAAGAAUUUGGCUAAUAGGGAUAAGGAAUAACAAAUUAAUAGUAAAACUAGAAUAAAAACUAAAAAAAUAAAAAAAAAUAAUCGACAUCAAAUACAAAUAGUAAAUUUAAAAUGGUUGAAUCUGUUCAUUCAAAUUAAACUUCUUCAGUGGAAUAAUUUUUACAUAGCAAUUAGAAUAUUGGUGCUUUAAUUAAAUAGAAUGAAAAUUCUGGUUCAUAAUUUAAUUAGAAUGAUUAUAAUGGGUCUUAACUUAGAUAAGAUGUAAAAUGA